AUGAAGAAACGGACGCCCUCGGCUCCCAGCGCGGGGCGCGGGGCGCGGGCCGCGACCGUGACUCUGCUGGCCUCUCGCGCCAAGCGCGGCGGGGCGCGCGCCGUCCUCGCGCCGGUUGCCCGGGGCGCCUCGUCGUCCCAGAAACAACGCGUCCUGCUGCGCGAGCGCGUCGACUCGGGCCCUCGCAGAGUCGUCGUUUCCUCCUCUCCGGCGGCGCACCCCGCGAGCUCGGAGGAUCCAAACGCAGGCUCUGCCCAGCCCCUAGCUGCAGCUGCUGUCUCCGAGACUGUGGAGGCGCGAAAGGCCCGCCUCCUCGGGAUGUCUCUGGAGGCGAUGAUUCGCGAAGAAGCGAGCGCCACGCGCGAGAAAAAAAACAGCCGCACCGUGCUCUCGGAGGCCGCGCGCGUCGGCGCAAAGAAGCCGGGGCCCACGCUGCUCCGAGCCGGCGCGCCCGGCGCCCUCGGCCGCAGUGUCUCCUUGAAGCCCGCGGAGAAUCCCGGUGUCUCCAUUGUCUCCACAAUCUCCGCGAAGAGCGGCGCAGGGCGGCUGUUUCGCCAGGCGAUGGCGACGCGUGGCGACUCGGGCCUUGAGAAGAACGAGGCCAGCGGGGGCGCGCGCGUCGUCGUCGGAGACUCCGCGCCGGGGCGCCUAGCGGGGAAGGCGGAGGCGGGCAGUGUCUCCGCGGGUGUCUGUGCAGCGCGGACGGGAGAAGGCGCGGCGGGAGAGAGGGUCGUCUCGGCGCGGGCCGCGAGCUCAGUCUCUCGCGAGACCUCUCGGCGAACGAGCGUCGAAGAAGGCCUGAUCACGGAAGACGACGAAGACGGCUCGGGCCGCAAGGGCCCGCCGUACUCGUCCCGGAAUCCCGUGAAGGCCGCGGAGACACCUGUCUCCAACGGCCUCGUCUGGGCAACCGGCUCGCGCGCCCGCCUCUCCCCCGCGGUAGGCAGCCAGCGCGUGAAGCUCGUGGGGCGCGACGAGGUCGGCGAAGAGCCCGACGAGCCCUGGCAGGCGUCGGCGCAAGGCCAGAGCGACGGCCCGCGGAAAGUCGUCCUCACCGGCGGGUCUGACACAGAAUCGAUCCAGGCGCGCCAGCAAGCUGGAGCACGAAUUCCACUCGAAGAGGAUGGAGAGGCGAUUGGGUCGGGAGAAGAGGACGGACGAUCCGAGGCGCAUGCACUGCAAGCAGAGGAGCAUAGUCCAGGGGAGAGAGCCAGCGGAAAGCUGAUGGCGGAGAGAGACAGGAGACGCACUCGAGAAGCUGAGACGCGAGCCGCGCGCGUGACUCUACAGACUGCAGCGAAGGCAGCCGCGCUGUCUUCUGCCUCUCUAGCCUUCCCUUCUUCACGGCCUGCGACCAGCCGCCAAGUGAGCGCGAGAGGCGAACGGGGCGUUCCCGGCGCUGGUCGAGUGCGAGGCUCGGGAGCGCGGACCGUCGCGUGUCGAGACGCGGAGCAGCCAGGCGGGCGCGGCGAGGCCCGUGAGAGGGCCGGUCCAGGGGCGAGCGGCCUGGAAGGCCCGCGCGGCAGGCGAGGCGCAGGGCGGUCUCCCGUUGCCGCGAUUGCCGCGAGCCGAGGGAAGAGAGACAGCGAAGAGCCGCGGGCAAACUCUUCGGGGCGCGCCGUGCGAUCCGGCGAGGGUGUGUCUCCGUCGAGACGCGAGAGGGGAGGAGACUCCCCGAGGGAACUCCGCAGAGCUGAGGGGUCUCCGUUUCCCGCCGCGACGGGAGACGGGCCGAAACGCUUCGGGACGACCUCGGGGCACUCAGUCCUCGUGUUGCCGGCGCCUACGCGAGAGGAGCCUGCGCCCGCGAGAGGCGAGAGCCCUGGCGCGACUCGGGCGGCUGAGGGGAACCGAGACAGAGAGACGCAGCUGCGUGCUGCGCGAGACGCGCGGAGCCCCUCGGAAGGACACAGGCAGACGAGACGCGAGGCCGAGGUGAAGCAGGGCGAGCGCGGGGGGGGCGCGAGGGCCGGCGUCAGUGGGAGACACGAGGACGAGAGCGACAGGAGCCCGAGAAGACGGGCGAAUCCGAGCAGCAGCGAGAAGGAUGGAGGUCGAGAAGCGGCGCGUCGCGGCGGGCCAGGCGAGGAGCGAAGCAACCGCUUGUCGCCCCGCGCAGGGACCGGACGAGAAGCACUGCGCCCCGAUGACUCAGGCGUGGCCGGCGGAAGCAAGGGCCAGGUGUCCCCGCGUGGAGCCCCAGCAGCGGCUUCCGGCGCCGAUGGGACCAGCCGCGGACGUGGCGGAAGAGACAGGCUUUCGGGGGAGGAGACCGCGAACGGAGCCGCGUCGCCGGACGGGCGUCGAGGACGAGCACCGGAGAGAGGAAGCAGGGCCCAAGGCGCGCGACGAGAGGACGCUUCGCGCCGUGGAGACGGAGACCGCGCUUCGCCCUCGGCCCGCGUUGUCAUUCUUGCGGGGACCGUCCCAGGAUCCGUGGACGCGAAGAGUCGGGGAGAGGAUGGAGCCCAAAAGACAAGAAAGCGGGGCAGGAGCCCGUCCGGGCCUCGGGAGGAGCGAAACGGGGAAGGCAGGCCCGAGCCCGCCGCGCGUGCACCGCGGGUGUCUCCAAGAGGCGCGGCCGGCGGGUCGCGGUCUCGGGGGUCAUCUCUGGAGUCGCGCGUGAGGCGCCGCGGCGACGGCGCGGACUCGCCCCGUCGCGAGAAGAGAGACAGGAGACAGAGUUUGAGUCUCUCGCGGGAGCGGCGCCGUGGGGCCCGUGAGUCGAUUGAUAGUCGCGCCCGCCGAGGCGACGCGAGAGCUCGUGGGGCUGCGGCUGUGGAGCCGGUGCGCAGUCUGUCGCCUCGGCGCAGGGCCUGGCGCAGUCCGAGCCGCGGAGACUCGCUCUCCGGGGCCUCGUCUGGGCUGGCCGCGCGAAAGCGGCGCGCGCUGAGCCCGCGUCGGGAGGUGUCGCGGUCGCAGGCGAGCCGAAGUCGAAGCUGGCGGUCUCCGGACUCGCGGCGCCCCAGAAGGUACGCGGAGUCGGCGGGAGGCCGGCGCGAUCGGAGCCCAGACGCGCGGAAGGCCCGCGCUGUGGGGCCGAGCAGGCAAACGCGCACGCGGCGAAGUGUCUCCAUGUCUCCGGGGCGCAAGUGGAGCCGCCGAAGGAGCUUCGACCGCCGCGACUCGCGGGCCUGGAGCAGGAGCUCGACGGAGUGUCGCGAGAUGUGGAGCGGCAGCUGGAGCAGAAGUUGGAGCCGCAGCGAGCGACGCCGACCUGUGCGCCGGCGGUCGUUCUCCUGCUCGCGGUCUCCGUCGCGCCGCAGGUCGCCCUACUCGAGUCGGUCUCUGUCGCCUGAGGCCCGCGGGCGCCGGCGCGGGGCCCUGUCUCCGGGCCCGAAGGGGCUCCGCCGGAGUCGGUCGCCGUUCGGGUCGCGCGGCCCGCGGGGCCCCAGCGACGACUUUGGCCGCGGGCCUCGGGUCGAAGGGGGGCGCAAGCCAGGCGUCUCUCGGGGCCAGGGACUGCACGACCCCGCGUUGGACUCCAGAUCGGGGAGUCGGCGCGAGGAAGCAGGGUUCGAGGCGAGAGGCGCCUCGACCAGCGGCGUGCAGCCGGUGGUUCUCCGGACGCGCCGCCAACGCGAAGCCUCGCAGGAGCAGCCGCUGCGGGCUGCGCGUCACGCGCCGUCUCCGGGCCCCGUCGUGCUGGCCCCGCCCACGUGUCCCCCUUCCCAGCCGAUCGCGAUUCUGCGACCGCGGGGGGGCUCUGGAGCCCCAGCGGAGCGAGGGUCGAUCGGCGCGGGCCGCAGAGAUGCCGACAGCGAGGUGGACGCGCGGCCGAGCGUUGGGUCCGGGGCCUUCAUGCCUGGGCCGCAGGGCCCGCGGGUGGAGCUGUCGCGACACUACGAGGAGCGGCGUCGCGCGGAGCCGGACGCGAGGAGACACGUGGGCGAGGGAGUCCGAGGCGACCGUUUUGAGGGUCCAGGAGACAGUUUCGCACACGGGCGCGGCCACCCCCCGGUGCCGGGCCCAGAGGACUCGCCGCCGCGCGCGUGCCGAGACUACCUUCUGGGCAGACGGUGUCCUGGCGGCGCGUCGAGGUGUCCCCUGUUGCAUCCGUCGCAGAGAGACUUGUUCAAGUUCGACCAGCACUCCUUGCACCUGAAGCCGGCCUACAUGCGCGAGGCUGUCGCGCUCGGCUGGGUGCCCCGGCGCCCGAGCGCGCGCCCGUACGACGACCGUCAGGGGCCCGUGGAGUCCAAGGGGGCGCGGAGACAGGAUGCCCGCGAGCCGGAGGGUCGGAGACAUCCAGACCACGAGGAGCGGCGCGACCGCAGAGCCGCGGAAGCCCGCGGGGAGCGGAAGACGAACCAGGGCGAGGAGCAACGGAGGACGGGUGAGGAGGAAGCGCGCGAACCCGUCAAGCGGUCGGCCUCUCAGCAGCGAGCGCUGGACGGCUACUUCAAAACGCAAACACAGGAAUUCCUCAACGCUGAGUCGUACAUGGAAGGCUGGUGUAAGAAGGAGUUGAUCGAGUACUUCUACGACGAAUAUCUGAGCCAAAACAUGUCCAAGGAGGACGCCCUUGCCUCUGCUACAGCGUAUGUGGAGCGACCCGAGGAGUAUGGUUUGAGGAAAACCUCAGCGGAAUGA